AUGGAGGCCCAUUCCACGUUGGCUGUUGCCAUGAACAGAAUGGGGGCCAAGUCUAACUGUGGUGAAGGUGGUGAAGAUGCAGAGCGUUCCUUGGUUAACGAGAACGGUGAUACAAUGAGAUCUGCUAUCAAACAAGUUGCCUCUGCUAGAUUUGGUGUUACUUCUCAUUACUUGUCCGAUGCCGAUGAGAUUCAAAUCAAGAUGGCUCAAGGUGCUAAGCCAGGUGAAGGUGGUGAACUUCCAGGACACAAGGUGUCCAAGUCCAUUGCAAAGACUAGACAUUCCACUCCUGGUGUUGGUUUGAUCUCUCCACCACCACAUCACGAUAUUUACUCUAUCGAGGAUUUGAAGCAAUUGAUUUAUGACUUGAAGUGUGCCAACCCAAGAGCAGGUAUCUCUGUCAAGUUGGUCUCAGAGGUUGGUGUUGGUAUUGUUGCCUCUGGUGUCGCCAAAGCCAAGGCUGACCACAUUUUGAUUUCCGGUCACGAUGGUGGUACUGGUGCUUCCAGAUGGACUGGUAUCAAGUACGCUGGUCUUCCUUGGGAGUUGGGUCUUGCUGAGACCCACCAGACUCUUGUCUUGAACGACUUGAGAGGAAACGUUGUUGUGCAAACUGAUGGUCAAUUGAGAACCGGUUUCGAUAUCGCUGUUGCCGUCUUAUUGGGUGCUGAGUCUUUCACUUUGGCCACUAUCCCAUUGAUUGCCAUGGGUUGUAUCAUGAUGAGAAAGUGUCACUUGAACACUUGUCCUGUUGGUAUUGCUACCCAAGAUUCAGUAUUGAGAGAGAAGUUCAAAGGUGCUCCUGAACACGUUAUCAACUUUUUCUACUACUUGAUCCACGAUCUUAGAAAGAUCAUGGCCCGUCUUGGUUUCAGAACCAUUGAUGAGAUGGUUGGCCACUCUGAGAAGCUUAGAGCCAGACAGGAUCGCAAUACCAAAACUUGCAACAUUGACCUUUCUCCAAUAUUGACACCAGCUCAUUCUAUCAGAGAAGGUGUUCCAACAAGAUUUGUGAAGAAACAAGAUCACAAGUUGCACGUUCGUUUGGAUAACAAGCUUAUCGAUGAAGCCGAAGUCACAUUGGAUAAAGGUCUUCCAGUUAGUAUUGAUGCCAACAUUAUCAACACUGACCGUGCCCUUGGUGCUUCAUUGUCUUACCGUAUCUCUAAAAAGUUUGGUGAGGAUGGUCUUCCACAAGAUACUGUUGUCGUCAACAUUAAGGGUUCUGCUGGUCAAUCGUUUGGUGCGUUCUUGACCUCUGGUGUCACCUUCUACUUGGAAGGUGAUGCCAAUGAUUAUGUUGGUAAGGGUCUCUCCGGUGGUAGAUUGAUUAUUAGACCACCACGUGGAGCAUCUUACAAGUCUUAUGAAAACGUCAUUGUUGGUAACACUUGUUUCUAUGGUGCAACCUCUGGUUAUGCUUUCAUUAGCGGUGCUGCUGGUGAACGUUUUGCCGUUCGUAACUCUGGUGCCAACAUCGUUGUUGAGAAGAUCAAGGGUAACAAUGCCUUUGAGUACAUGACUGGUGGUCGUGUUGUUGUCUUGUCUCAUAUGGAGUCUACCAACGCUUUUGCAGGUGCUUCUGGUGGUAUUGCCUAUGUGUUGGUCUCUGACUUCAAAGAGUUCAGCUCAAGAGUCAACCACGAAACUGUUGGAUUAUCUGGAUUAACGGAUCCUGUGGAGAUUGCAUUCGUCAAGGGUUUGAUCGAAGAGCACUCUCAUUACACUGGCUCCGAGCUUGCUGAUCGUAUCUUGAAGAACUUUAACCAUUAUCUCUCCUCUUUCGUCAAAGUUUUGCCAACUGAUUAUAAGAAGGUCUUGGAGGAGGAGAAGAAGAAGGUUGAAGAGUUGAAGAAGCUGGAGUCUGAGACAUUCUUGAAGUCAUUCCAAAGAUUGGACCCAGAUGCUGAUGUUACCAAUGGAGACAUCAAAAAGACCCAUGCAACUUCGAUCAAGUCAACUUUGAGGGAGCCAAAGAUCUUGGAUUUGGAAGACUCCAUCACUGACAAAGCCUUUGAAGAGAAGAAGGUUGAGAAGCUUGAUAAGCUCCGUGGUUUCAUCACGUACAAGCAGCGUCAUGAGACCUACAGAUCCACCAAAUCGCGUACAAGAGAUUGGAAGGAGCUAUCCAAGGCCAUCUCCAAGAAGGAUGCCAAGUUCCAAACUGCUCGUUGUAUGGACUGUGGUGUUCCAUUCUGUCAGUCUGACACUGGUUGUCCAAUUUCCAACGUUAUUCCAAAGUUCAACGACCUUGUUUUCAAUGACCAAUGGAGAGCUGCAUUGGAGAAACUCUCUGAGACCAACAACUUCCCAGAAUUUACUGGCCGUGUCUGUCCUGCACCAUGUCAAGGUGCAUGUGUUUUGGGUAUCAUUGAAGAGCCUGUUGGUAUCAAGUCGAUUGAACGUUUGAUCAUCGAUCAUGCCUUCGAGCAAGGCUGGGUUGUGCCAAAGCCACCAAGUGUUCGUAGUGGUAAGAGAGUCGCCAUUGUUGGUUCUGGACCAGCUGGUCUUGCUGCCGCAGACCAACUGAACAAGGCAGGCCAUUCUGUCACCGUUUAUGAACGUUCCGAUAGACCAGGUGGUUUGCUGAUGUACGGUAUUCCAAAUAUGAAGUUGGACAAAUCUGUCGUGAAGCGUCGUACCGACUUGUUGGAGGCUGAAGGUGUUCAAUUUGUCUGCAACACCGAGAUUGACGAUGUCAACGAUUUGAAGACAGAUUUCGACGCUGUUAUUUUGGCCAUUGGUUCUACCAUUCCAAGAGAUUUGAAGAUCCCAGGCCGUGACUUGAAGAACAUUGACUUUGCCAUGACUCUGUUGACGAAUAACACGCAGGCUUUGCUCGAUGACUACUUGCCAGAGAUUCGUUCCAAGCUGGAAGGCAAGAAGGUGAUUGUCAUUGGUGGUGGUGAUACUGGUAACGAUUGUAUCGGUACUGCUGUUAGACACGGUGCUGCAUCUGUUGUGAACUUUGAGUUGUUACCACAACCACCUCAAGAACGUUCCAGAGACAACCCAUGGCCUCAAUGGCCACGUAUCUUCCGUGUGGACUACGGUCAUUCCGAGGUUAAGGACCACUACGGUAAGGACCCACGUGAAUACUGUAUCCUUUCUAAGGAAUUCAUCGGCGAUGACGAAGGUCAUGUCAAGGCCAUCAAGACCGUUAGAGUCGAGUGGAAGAAGUCGGAGUCUGGUGUUUGGCAAAUGAACGAGAUACCAAACUCUGAGGAGAUCUUCGAAGCUGAUAUCGUUUUGUUGUCCAUGGGAUUUGUUGGACCAGAAGUUGCCAAAAUGGAGGUCCAGAAGACACCAAGGGGCACCAUUCCAACCAAGAGCCAUGCCAGCUACCAGGUUGAGGAGAACUUGUUCACUGCAGGUGAUUGUAGAAGAGGACAAUCGUUGAUUGUCUGGGGUAUCCAGGAAGGUAGACAAUGUGCUAGGGAGGUUGAUAUGUUCUUGGAGGGAAACACCAAGCUGCCAGGCAACGGUGGUAUUGUCAAGAGAGAUUUCAAGCUGUUGGAGGAGCUGGCCAGUGGGGUUGAGGCAUGAUUGCUGGCAUCACUUUUGAUAUUUAUUAUGUAUUUUGUGUAUAUUUAUUGCAAUGAGAUUCACUAAGCUGUCUGACAUGGCUG